AUGGCUUCCGCCUCAGGCUCACGCCUACAACCUCUCUCAGGCGAACAACAAGAAUCACUCAUCAAAUCACGCAUGCAAGUCGACGAGCGUUCCCUCCGGCGACUCAUCAAAAAGCUCACUCUUCUCCUCUCCUCCACCGACUCCGAAGCCAUCGCUGCCUCUCGUCUAUCUUUCAAAGCCGAUCUGGAAUCCUAUCGUCUCCAACUCCUUCGGCUGUCUUCUAUCGCCCAUAACUCUUCUUCUUCUGAAAUCCGCUCCUACACGGAUGAACUCUCUUCUAUUACCGCUGAACAGACUUCCACACAGGGCCGAAUCAACGCUCUGAAAAGAAAGCUGGAAGAUGUGAGGAGGGAACGAAAGAACAAGCUCGAAUACGACCUUGUCGCAGGAGAGAUUGUCAAACUCCCGACGAGAGAGGAAUUGGAAGAGAGUCUAGGAAGAUUGCAGGAAGGGUUGGAAGAGGUGAGGAGGGAAAGGGAGAAGUACAGAGCGUUGAGUAAAGAUGCGGGCGAGAGAAUGAGUGGGGUGGUGAGAGAAGUUGGGAGGUUGAGGGAGGAUGUUGGGUUUGAAGUUGGCGAGAGGGAACGGAGGGAGGUUGAGAGAGCGGAUGGUGAGGGGGAGGGGGAAGCUACAGAUAUUGCAGCUGGGGAAGAAGGGUCUGAAGCGGGUGGUGCGGGGAAGGGAAGUAGGAGGGUGAGCGGAGAUGAAGUGGAGGAAGGGGAGGAGCAGGAAGAAGGUGCUGCUCCUGGUACUAGGAGUGGUAGUUCCACUCCAAGGAGAGCAGUUACGGUGGAAGCAGAGGCGCAGGGGGGCAAGUUGGAUCCCGCUGCACCGACGUUCAGACCUUCAGCAGCGGGAGGGGAAAUGAGGAGGAAGCGAGAUUCAACAGCGGUCACAGGUUCGGAUGAAGAAGGCGAGGUGGGUGACGGAUCUAGCUCGACUGCGGCAGCUUCGAAUAGCAAUACUCCGAGAAAGAGGCAGAGGACGGAAGAAGGUGAGGUAGCGGGUGGAGCGGAGAGUGAGGAGGAGGAAGGAAGUAUCCAGCCUUCAGCCCCGGCGAUGGCGAGACAGAGCAGCGGGAGAAGUGCUAGAGCUGGUACCAAGCGUCGUCGAUAG